GUAUCAAGAAUAACAUCCAUUCGUGUAAUGAUUGCUCUUGCUGCCUUGAACAAUCUCGUGGUACACCAAAUGGAUGUUAAGACCGCUUUUUUGAACGGAGAUCUGGAUGAAGAAAUCUAUAUGGAACAACCAUAAGGGUUUGUUAUCCCCGAACAUGCCUCGAAAGUCUGUAAGUUAGACAAAUCAUUAUAUGGUUUGAAACAGGCUCCAAAACAGUGGCAUGAGAAGUUUGACACUCUCGUUCUCUCACAUGGCUUUAAGGUGAAUGAAAGUGACAAGUGUAUUUACUGCAAGUCAGAAAAUAACACUUGCACUAUCAUAUGUUUGUAUGUAGAUGACAUGUUGAUAUUUGGUACAAAUAUUCACGUGGUCAAUGAAGCAAAAGCCAUGUUAAAAGAGAGCUUUGAGGUGAAAGAUCUGGGAGAAGCAAAGUUUAUGCUUGGAAUCCAGAUAACUAGAAUAGCAAAUGGUUAUUCUCUAGAUCAAUCUAGCUACAUAGAGAAGAUCUUGAAGAAAUAUAACUAUUUCGACUGUAAACCUGCGUGUACUCCGUAUGAUGCUAGUGUAAAGCUAUUUAAGAACACUGGAGACAGUGUAAGACAAUCAGAAUACGCUAGCAUCAUUGGUAGUCUCCGUUAUGCUGCGGAUUACACUCGACCAGACAUAGCAUAUGUCGUGGGAUUGCUUGGCAGGUUUAACAGCUGUCCUAGUAGAGAGCAUUGGAAUGCUAUAGAGAGGGUCAUGAGAUACCUCAAGAGAACAGCAAACCUUGGUAUACACUAUCAAAGGUUUCCUGUUGUACUAGAAGGGUAUAGUGAUGCGGAUUGGAAUACCCUAUCAGAUGACUCCAAGGCAACCAGCGGGUAUGUUUUUAACAUCGCUGGUGGAGCUGUGUCUUGGAAGUCAAAGAAACAAACAAUCCUAGCUCAAUCAACUAUAGAAUCAGAGAUGAUAGCACUAGCAACGGCCAGUGAAGAAGCAAGUUGGUUGAGAGGAUUGUUGUCAGAGAUUCCCCUAUGGGAAAGACCGGUCCCUCCGGUAUUGAUCCAUUGUGAUAGUACCGCAGCUAUCGCUAAAGUUGAGAACCGGUUCUAUAAUGGAAAGAAACGACAGAUUCGUCGUAAGCACAGUACUGUAAGAGAACUCCUAACGAUAGGAGCAGUGAGGGUGGAUCAUAUAAGAUCCGAACAGAAUCUAGCUGAUCCUUUGACGAAAGGAUUACCUAGAGAGAAAGUCCAGAAUACCGCCAAGGGUAUGGGACUUAUGCCUACCGAACCACGGACUACAAGUGAUGGUAACCCGACCCAAUAGACUGGAGAUCCCAAGAAAUGGGUUCAAUGGGUAAUAACAAGUCAUGAGUAGUAUGCGAAAUGUUCAUGCAUAGUGAAGCAUGAAUCCCAAAGCAAUGGAGGUUGAGUUAAUAACUCUUAAUGAGAUCUAUACCCUAUGUGGGGUGGAGUACUUUACUUUGGGGGUACUCUUGAUAGACUCACCUAUGUGAAUGUGGGAGUGGGGCAGCUCCCUAUGGAACUUUGGAGGCACAAAGUUGCUAGAGCGUUCACUAAACCAGGAUAACGUGCAUGGCCAUAAACGCACGGGCUAUGAUGAGAACACAACUCAAUGAAAAGAUCCGGUGUGCUGCACUGUCUGAGAUAGGGUUCAAGACUACGAGUCACCCUUAUGAAAUCGGAAGUGUAACCACUACGCUAAGGUUCAAAUCUUCGCGAUACCUUAGCUUAUGCCCGAUCUUAUGGAACUGUUAAUGCUCAGAGAUAGUUUCAAAACUAUUCAAGUGGGGUAUUGUUGGAAAUGUGUAUGAAUAGCUUUGAAAGCUAUAGAGUCUCAAGUGGAAAAACUACCACAUUGGUAGUUUUACUUGGUGAAAUGAGUAUAAAGAUAGGAGCCUCUCUCCCAAGGGCAUGCCCCUUGGGGUGACCCACUUUUGUGGGAGAGGGAGGACCUAACGGACCACCACACACACACGCGCGCGCGCCGUCCGUCCGACCGGCCGGUUGGUUGGUUCACUUGAGACUACAUAUAUAUUUUUUACAGAAAUUCCGAACGAAAUUAAUUAUCUAAUAAUUAAUUAUUAAUCGGUUAUUCUGAGGAAUAUUCUAAGGGAUAAUCGACUGAAAAGGAAUAUUCGAAGGAUAAUCCCUCCGGGUUUAUCUUAACCGACGGUUUUAAUUAAGGAAGUAAUUAUCUUCCUUAAUUAAUCCGACUUAUUCCC